AUGGCUCAAGAAUCUGGUUUGCAACAAAAAUCCUCAUUUCAACUCCAAAGCACACUUGCAGGCAAUAGAUGCAAUAUCAGAUAUACUCGGUUGGAUGCAAAGAAUUACUUAAAGGAAAGAAGACAAAGAAGUAUGGUUUAUGGAGAAGUUGGUUGUGUGAUGGAAUAUUUUCAGCAACAGUUGUUAGAUUGUCCUUCAUUUUUUCAUGCAUAUCAGAUGGAUUGUGAUGAACAAAUUACAAAUGUAUUUUGGGCUGACGCGAAGAUGAUUUUAGAUUAUGCAUAUUUUGGUGAUGUAGUUUCUUUGGACACUACAUAUUGCACUAAUCGUGCAAAUAGACCUCUUGCCUUGUUCACAGGUUUUGACCAUGAUAGAACCACCAUCAUUUAUGGUGCAACUUUGUUAUAUGAUGAAACGGCUGAUUCGUUUAAAUGGUUAUUUGAAACAUUUUUAGAAGUACAUAAUCACAAAAAACCUAUAACGAUGUUUACUGACCAAGAUCAAGCCAUGGCUAAGGCCCUUGUAGAAGUCAUGCCAGAGACACAUCAUUCUUUGUGCACGUGGCAUUUAAUGCAAAAUGAGAUCAAACACCUUGGUAAUUUGAUGAAGGGUGGGAGUCAUUUUUUAAGAGACUUCAAAAAAUGCAUGUAUGACUUUGAUACCUUCACUGACUUUGAGAAAGCUUGGACCAAGAUUGUUCAAGAGUACAAUGUCCAUGACAACAAUUGGAUAAACUCACUUUAUGCCAUAAAAGAAAAAUGGGCAUCAUGUUAUAUGAAAGAAGUUGUCACCCUAGGGAUGCAAAGUACUCAACUCUCUGAAAGUUUAAAUUCUGAUUUCAAAGCUUCUAUGAAACCUAGUGUAUUUGAAGCAAAUGAUGUCAAGGCUAUUCUUGAAAAAUAUAUCCUUAAGAGAUGGACAAAGGAAGGUCGUUCCGGCAUUAUAAACAAUUUCAUACGAAGAGAGAUUGAGGGGGAUCCAAAAGUUGCUACCACACAACGAUACAGACAACUUGCUUUUAAAAUGAUUAGACUUGCAUCAGAGGUAUCUAGUUCAGAGGAAUACUCGACAUUAGUGGAUGAAUGUUUAAAUGUUGUGUGUCGUCAAAUCUCACACUUUCGAUUACAAACACAACAUGUUGACAGUGACACUGACAAUCAUGCAUCUAAGUUGAUGAUUAAUGAUGGUACAAUCCCAAAAGGUUUCAAGCACCGACCAAGCUUAAAGAGGAAUACAUAUAAACGAUUCAAAAGCUGGGUUGAACUACAAGGAAAAAGGAAAAGAAAUAGGAUAACGAGAGGUCAAUUACAAAACCAACAUGCUAAGGAAUAUCAACCCAGUCCUCCUUCUGAACCUUGUGAUAUACAUUGUUCAACACCUCCAUCUUAUCAUCCUCCUCAAACUUUGAACAAUCAAUUCAAUUUCACUACAUUAUUGACCGACCCUUUGGAUGACACAACUUGUUAA